AUGGACGUCCCGCCCCAGAAUGUAAUCAAUACGAGGGAAUCGGUUGUCUCAUAUCCAUCAGCAUUGAGGCACGCUGGUCAGAAUAUGGUUUCAGUGGAAGACAUGCAAAAUGUAAUUCAUAGUCAGCAGGCAGAAUAUAUAGUCAACUACUCUAAGAAACUUCAGGAAGAUGUACUUGCAUUAGGUCAAAAAAUUAAGCAUUACGAAGACAAUAUCAAGUGCUUAAAGGCACAGCAAAACAGAUUGGAGGAGUCAAUUUUAGAUAUGCAAGUUGCUCUUGGCAAGAAUCAUAUAGAAAAUUGCGCAACAGAAAAUGUGAACCAUGUCCAUAUGAAGAGUGAGGAAGAUACAAUUGAACAUAUUCUUAGGCAUGAGAAAUCUGCAGCUGCCAUCUUGUGUCAGCUCAAAACUCAUGAAGGAGAUCAGGCUUCCAAUCUUCAAUGGACAAAGGAUAUAGUCGGUAUUGUUGCUACACUUGGAAAAGUUGAUGAUGAUAACCUUAGCAGGCUUCUUUCCACGUACUUGGGGUUAGAAACCAUGCUAGCAGUAGUUUGCAAGACCCGUGAAGGUGUUAAAGCGCUGGAAACAUAUGACAAACAGGGUUUGAUAAAUAGAAGUUCGGGCAUUCAUGGACUUGGAUCUUCUAUUGGGAGGCCUGUGGAUGGUCCCUUUCUGGUGUUUUGUCUUGAAAAUCUGAGUCCAUAUGUUGGUGAGUUCGUGGCUAAAGACCCACAGAGGAGGCUUGAUCUUCUAAAGCCAAGAUUUGCCAAUGGGGAACCUCCAUUAGGCUUUCUUGGUUUUGCAGUGAAUAUGAUCUCAAUUGAUAGCUUGCACUUGCAUUGCAUCUCAAAUUCUGGGAAUGGACUAAGAGAGACACUAUUCUAUAACCUCUUCUUGAAUUUGCAAGUGUACAAAUCAAGAGAAGACAUGCUGAAGGCCCUUCCUUGUAUAACUAAUGGAGCAGUAUCUCUUGAUGGUGGGAUGGUAAGAAGACCUGGGGUGUUCUCCUUAGGCAAUCGGGGAGUUAUUGACGUGAAAUUCCCAAAAAACUCUGAAGCGUUGAAACUACGUGAGAACUAUUUUGAAACUGAAAAGCGAAUGAAGGAGACAAAAUGGAGGAAGGAAAGAAUGUGGGAAGAUAUGCAGAGGGAGCAGGCAUUGUUGGAACAUGCAAAGUUCAACUAUGAAAUAAAGAAACAAGAAUUUGUCCAGUUCCUUGGUCAAAGCUCACCAUACACUGCUCAGCAUCCAUAUCAGGCAGGACAAUCGGCCCCAAAAUAA